UCAACUCUUUCAAAUUUGAGUUUUUGUUUGAAAAUGGAAGACGUCUGAAUCUGUUGCUCAAUUUGUUAUUUCCGUUUUUUCGGUGAAAAAAUUGCUUGGAACAGUGCGAAACCGGUCGGAAAUUGUACGUGAGUGUGCCGGGCAGUGUUUUUGCGUCAUUUGGAAGUGCAUUUCGCCGGAUUUGGUGCCGAAAAGAAUGAGUUUCUAGUGACACGGUUGCAGUCAGUCCGUCAGUGCUGGAAUAUUUUGCUGCUGGGAUUCGAUUUUUCAUGUGUUUUUGGAGAGACGAACAAUCAUCAUCACUCGGCGACUCUGUGCGCGGUUUUGGAUUUUGCCGUGGAAUAGUUUCGACAACAAUUGCGGGCGCCUUAUUCGGUCGCGUUGUGUGUGUAGUUAGGUAACGACGAUGACGACGACGACGUGCCUAAACGGUGGAUGCCUUUUAAAAAGUUGUGCAUCGAUCCAUCCAGAGCUCCGUGAAGAAACUACGCGAAUGUGAGCCGAUUGAGAUAAAGAUCUUUUAGUGUAACGUACGCCAGCCCAGCCAGUAGUGAGAAUCCUGAAAUGUGAAAGCCCUGAAGAAGGCCAAGCCACUACUAGAAGGGGCAGCAUAAAACGUGGAAUGUUUGUCGGUGUAUGUGGCCCUCUUAAGGCGACAGGUGAUUCGCAACAAACGAGAGCACGACGAAGAGUGGAGAGAAAAAUAAAGCGGUCGAAGAACCUGGCCCAGUCCCCGAGUGCCGGACGGGGCGUGAAGAGAGUCAGUCAAGUGCCACGACAAUCAACCAGCCAACUACAAAAAAGAAAAAGAAGUUUUACACUGUGUUGUGCCUCCUCCAAGAUGAUGAUGAGGAUGAUGGGAGGAAGAUAAUAUGGAAAGGUGAUCAAAAACCGCGCGCAUGGAAGAAGGAGCUACAUGUGCAGCUAAAAAUACAACCCAAUCAACGGUCGGUUCGGUGGGUCGAAAGUGCAUUUAAAUGUUGUGUGUUUUGUUGUUUUUUCGGUUGGAAAUUCCAAUUUAGUGCCUCAUCAUUCGCCCGGAGAAUGAGUGUGUAUGGGCGAGGAGGGUAGCAUCUGUGUGUCAUUGAUACAAGGUUUCAACUAUAAUACGUUCCAAAACCGAACCAACACAAGAAACGGAAAGCAACGAUGGCGGUGUCCGCGCCAGGGAAGAACUGACCAAACGAGUUGUGCUUUUCGGAAUCGAGUGAGUGGAAACUGAUGUUGCUGUGAAGGUAGCAACGUUUCAAUGACAGAGAAAAGUGAAAUUAAAAAGCCCAAGAUGAAUGAUUCAAUGAUGCCGAAUGGUGGUGGCGGUGGUGGAAAUGGAAGUGGAUCUACUGGAGUGGCUGCUGCAGGUGGUGCAGGCUCUAGUAGUACGAUCAGUGCGAAAUCCGAAACCGGUAAAGAUUUGUCGAAAGUGGGCGUAAAUAGUAGUACUAUGAACGGCGCUGGUAGUGCUGGUAGUGGCUCGGGAGGCACCGGAAGAGCUAGUGAUAACGGUUCCGAUACGCUGGGAUCUGAAGCGUCGACGAUGAUGAUGAUGAAUCCUCCCCCCGGAGGCGGAGGCGGGCCGCCACACAGUCAUCAUCAUCUUCAUCACAUGCAUCAUCACCACCAUGGCCAUAACCAUCACCAGCAGCAGCAGCAGCAACAAGUUCCCAUGGGUAUGACCAAUGGUGGAGGCGGUGGUGGUGGGGGUGGGUUCUACGAUCAAAAGUCGGAUAUUUCGUCGACGGCGCAGACCGAAGAGGACGAUGGGCUUGGACCAUUGCCGCCCAAGUGGGAGAAGGCGUACACCGACAGCGGAGAGGUGUAUUUUAUCGACUCAUCCUGGUCAGUGGCGCUUACUGAUCCGCAUUUUGUCACUAUCAACUGGCCCCACAACACUGGCACCUCACACUGGCUGGAUCCGCGAUUGUCCAAGUUCCAGAAGAAAUCCCUCGAAGACUGCCAGGACGACGAGUUGCCGUAUGGAUGGGAGAAGAUCUGCGAUCCUCACUACGGCACCUACUACAUAGAUCACGUCAAUCGUAAAACGCAGUAUGAAAAUCCGGUCUUGCAAGCGAAGCGUAUGACCGAACGCGGCUCGGCAAUGUCCGUUGGAGGACACAGUUCCAACGGAAUGAACGGCAGCAUUGGCGGUGGUGGAGGUGUUGGCGUCGGGGGAGUUGGCCAUGACGAAGUCGGGAAUGGAGUUGGAGGACGGGUGAAUCACUUCACGAAGAAUCCGGCCAAUUUGCGAGGCGAUCGAUUGAUGACGACCCUGGUUAAAUCGACGCGAGGACUGGGAUUCACGAUAGUUGGUGGGGAUGAUAAUGUGGAAGAGUUUCUGCAGAUCAAAUCGAUAGUUCCGAAUGGUCCAGCUUGGAUCGACGGGAAGCUUAAAACGGGAGAUGUGUUGGUGUACGUGAACGAUAUUUGUGUUCUUGGAUUCACGCACCACGAGAUGGUGAACAUUUUUCAGUCGAUUCUACCGGGGGAAGAGGUACAUUUGGACGUUUGCCGUGGGUACCCAUUGCCUUUUGACCCGAAUGAUCCGAAUACGGAAGUUGUUACGACAAUCGCUGUGGACGGGUUGAACAAUGGAGCCAUGACUGAGUCCGAUCUAAAGUUCUUAGAAACGGGUGGUUUCAUGGACUCGGGUGAUGUUCAGCAUAAAAAUCCUCUGGCGAAGAUCCAGUCCGGAAGUGCCACUGCCAAUGGGGGCGAUGUGUACUUCAGUGAUACUCAUCCGUAUCAGCAGCAUUACAAGAGCAAGGAAAAUGCAUUUGAAAUUCCAGAGAUUUUACACAUUAACAUAGUGAAAAGUGAUAAUGGGUUUGGGUUCACGAUAACCGAUAGCUCGUAUGGUCAAAAAGUGAAGAAAAUUUUGGACCGGCAGUGUUGUAAAAAUUUGCAAGAGGGGGAUGUGUUGUUGAGUAUCAACUCCAUACCGGUGAAGGAUAUGUCGCAUAAUGAAGUAGUGCAAGUGUUGAAAGAUUGUCCGAAGAACAUCGAAACUACGUUAAAAGUGCAGAGGGGUCCUUCGGCACUGCUGGUCGGCAGCAGUAAGAUGACGAACAAACUGCGAAAGAGCAUUGAAAUGGCAAAGUUUGGCGGAGGCUUGCUGAAGAAAGACGGUUACGGCAUCGGAGGUAAUAGUUUGUUCAGGAGUAAAACUCCGACCGCAGAUCUGUACAGUACUCAGGCUAAGGAAAUUCUUCCGACAAGGCCAAAAACUCCCCUGGUCGAUACCCGAGCCAGAGCCAAAACUCCUUCUUUGCCAUUGUCCGACCUGAACACGGAUGAAAUCGAGUUAGACGUCAACAAGAAUACUGGGGAUCAUAAGAUGGAACUCAAUCUGAAUCUCAAAUCCAACAGUAGUUCCCACGACAACGAUUCCAUCGCGAAUGAUAUCGGUUCGUUCCACAACGAAGACCAAUUCCAUUCCGGAAAACACCCGAAUCUUGCCGACAGGCUUGGAGAGCUAACCAUAAGCAGUUCCAACAAUAGCACCACGGAUACCAUCUACCACAACCAUCAACCUCAGUAUGGUCCCGGAAGUCACCUCCAGCAUCAGCAAAACUUCAACAGCCAUGGUUACAAUCACUUGUACUCACCUCCUCUUAUUCCUCCCCCACCAGUGCCACCACUAUCUGCAAAUCAUGCCGGCUAUGCUCCUAAUCCUUUGCCACUGCAGCCCACAUAUCAUCACGAGAGUUGUUUCUGUUACGACUGUCAAGAUUAUCAACGCCAACAACAACUUCUUCACCAACAACAGCAGCAACAACAACAUCAACAGAUGUAUCAGCAGCAAACACUGAAUCGUUCCUACGGGAAUAACCCAAGCCAUUUGCAGCAACAGCAGCACCCGUACCAAUUGCCACCCCAAAUGAGCGACAACAUCGGUAAACGACUGAACGAGUAUUUGAUGGAUCGAAAGCGAUCUUUGCACCAGCAGCAGCAACAACAACAACAGCAGCAACACCACCAGCCUCAGUAUGAUAACCUGUAUCACCAUCAUAAAGCACCAGUGCCACUUCCGCCGCAACACCAACAGCCUCCGCAGCAGCCCCCAACGCAGUUCGAUCAGCACUUCUACCCGAGCCAACCGGGCAGCUGGCGGUCGGCUCCAGGUCAACAUUCGCCGCAACUGUACGGCGGAGGGGCACCGUUCAUGGCGCCCGUCCCGAUGGAAGAGUACUCGUUGACGGAGGUGACGCUGGAGCGGCAGGCCCUUGGGUUCGGGUUCCGGAUCGUCGGCGGCACAGAGGAAGGCUCGCAGGUCACCGUCGGACACAUCGUGCCGGGCGGAGCGGCCGACAAGGACACGAGGAUCGCCUCCGGCGACGAGAUCCUCAACAUCAACGGAGUCAAUGUGGAAAACGCCUCUCACCACCGGGUGGUGCAGCUGAUGGGUGAAGCGGGUCUUCGCGGUCAGGUAACGAUGAUACUGCGACGGCGAAAGCUAUCGAAGCCACCUCCUCCGCCGCCCAAUCCCCGCUAUCCGUACAACGUGCUGGUGUCCCGCAACGAGAACGAAGGCUUCGGGUUCGUAAUAAUCUCCUCCUCCGGCCAGUACCACGGUUCCUCGAUAGGGGAUCUCAUCCCGGGCAGCCCGGCCGAACGUUGUGGGGAGCUGAAAAUCGGCGAUCGCAUUGUAGCGGUCAAUUCGAUCGACAUCACCGGCAUGAGCCACGGUGACGUGGUCAACCUGAUCAAGGAGUCCGGCCUGCAAGUACAACUGACGAUUGGCUGUCCCCGACCGGAUGGGGCCGGGCCACCACUGAUUCAGACGGCCACGGCAGCUGCAGCCGCAUCCAUAGCGGCGUCCAAUGCGUCCAAUACCAGCGGCAACGAGAUGUACGUUAGCAGUAGCAACGGUAGCAAUUCCGGCGGAGUGGGUGGUCCCAUGACCAAUCGAUACCCGGCGAUGAUAUCCUGAUUGAGGACGAAGAAAGUUCUCCUCAGGCGGUCGUCCCAGUCGAUCGAGGAGGAACUGGAGGAAGAUUGAAGGAGGAAGCCUCUGAAUCAACCAAAGCAUUCGUUUUUAAGUUUUGUAUCAUAAGGAGACUAUGGGUAAGUAAUUAGCAUUGUGGGAAAGUCGAGAGGCCGCUGACCGUGCGUGAGGAGAGAGAGAGAACCUGUUUUAAUUAGCAGUUGUUGUAAGCUAUUCAUAGACCGGACGGUUGGUUAGCAGUGUUUACACGUCGUCAUAGCUAUAUUUUAGUUGUUUUAGUAUAGUAAUUCGUUGGUACACCGACGAUAUGGAUGGGGGAAAUGGGUUACAUCAACAGAUUGCAGCAAGGGAUGCAGCCGCGAGUAGCAGAGGGAGUGUGAAUGAAGAAACGCAGCAGAUAGAAACAAAGUGGCAAUAGGAAAGAAAAACUCGUACUAAGAUACAGGCGUUUGUUAGGAGGGCGCGGCGGUGCCUACAUGUGGUUUUCAGCUUGUUCGGUGGUCCUUCCACCACAAACAGUGCAUUCGCCGUCCAUGUGCAGUUGUCCGCAGCAUUUGUUGAUGCACCUAUUAGUACUAAAACUACCGACAUUGUUGUUAUCCAUCAGAUAAAAUCGGUUACGCUGUCGGACGGAUGGUUGGCGGAUAAUUGCUAGGUCUAUAGCAUGCAGUGCAUGCUCGUCUGUGUUGUGUAAGAAUGAAGAUGUGUCGCUUUUUUUUUAUUUCAGGGACUCAACGUCACACACGUGCUCCUAAUUAGGGGCGGCUCAUGGUAAAUGACACAGCGAUUUUUUGAAUCGCAGAUACACCAAGUCCAAAAGAGAAUUGCACUUUUGGCAGAAUUCAAUGUUAAUUGUUUCAAAUUUGAAUUUAUUUGAAUAUAUAUUUUAGUUGAACUUUUUGUAGAUAACUCUUGGAUUUUUUCCUGAGUUUCUUCAAUGAAUUCAACAAAUGACUCCUUCUGAUAUUCCUAACAAAUUGUUUUUAGGAAGUAUUCUGUUGAUUCUUUGAUGGUGUUAAUUAAAAAUUCGACCAUUUCCCAGAAAAAGUUAUUCUAUCAUUACUUCUUUUUUGUAUAGCAGUACCUAGGCGUGUAAACUUCUUUGAA